AAGUGCGAAUCCAACCCUCCAUCACUUGACAUGUACCAACAAAAGUUCGGCUAGAAAACGACUCUUUUAUGGCUAUCGAUUACAAAUUUACAAUUAGGGACCCAUUUGGAAUAUCUGUGUACUAAUUUAUUUACAAAUAUUGGGACCGCGGUGAAUAGUGGCGACCAAAACUAGGGACCAUUCUACAACAUUCAUCAGACCGCCGUUGGAUCCACCUGCUGGCCUUUACCUUCGUCCGCCGUCGGCUCCGGCCGCGGCGGCGCUUCGCCGUCUCCGUCUUCGCCCACCUCCGCUCAACAGUUGACCCCGGCUAGAGCUUUGCGCGCCAACUCCCCGCCAAUGCUCGGGUCAGGGUGUUAUGCUGCCGCCUUGGUGGCGGCGGCGGCGGGAAGUGACAAAGUUGUUGUUCAGAGAGAGCAUGGCGGGCCGCCGGCGGUGCUUAGAGCGUGCGGGCGCUCAUCACCAGCCUGGCGCCUGAUCAGCGCGCUUUCGUGCUCCUCGGAUUUGCUAGGUGGAUAAGGAGGAGUGGCGGAUGCGGCAAGGGGUCGAGCCGGAGUACCGAGCGCGAGGUGUCUCCGGUAUCCAUGACUAUCUGCCAUGGAAUGCUUGGAUGAUCAUGGAUGUGAUUACCACCAUCAAAUGGUGAUCUUGCCUCGAUCAAUGGGGGGAAUUUGUAAGGUUAGCGGAGAACUCAUUUUUCUGCAUCAUUUUGGGCAUUUGCAUGAUAUUGGUUUCUCUGUAACUCGUGACAACUGAAAAAGGAUGUUUGGUAUAAGUCUCCGCUCUGUAUAUUCACUUGUCAGUUGAUCUGGAGCUGCCCUAUGACGGAACCAGAGUGAUUUUCCCGGUUGUCAAUGAAGGUGAACGUUACCGCUCCUAUGCACCUGCUGGCUAUUUAUAUCUGCCGCGUUGGUGUCCUCUCUCAGUUGCCUCAUUCUUCUUGUUGCUCCUUCAUCAGGAAAGCGAGUUAGCGGUGAGCUUCGUAGGUCGGAUUUGAACCUGUUACUUCAUCAAUGUCUCAAGGGAACACAACAAAGGCAUCUGAGCGCUCUACUCCUGCAAUUCUGAAUAUGUCUCAUGAUAAUGGUCCGUCUGAGAUGGGUGUUGGUCAGCCAAUGGUUGUUGGGCGUAAGCUGCUUCCACCGGUUGUACCAGGUGAUGAACCAAUUCUUGUGGGUGAAAAGCAGUAUGCUGCUAUCCUUCGUCUGCGUGCACGUCGGCUUCGUAUCAAAGAAGCAAGGGAGCGAAGGUUGCUCCAAGCCAAGAAGCUCCACCCAAGAGGUCCUAAUGGGCGCUUUGUCAUGAGCAAGGACGAUCAGGAAGGGCCCAAUGGAGGCAGCAUGGUGGAAUGGAACCCUGCCCUAGGAGACAGUUAUCAGCACUUAAUCACAACCAAUCGAUACCAGGAAGCGACGAACGUUGGCGGCGAGGCGCAAAGCAGCAUCCCACGAGGCUUCUAUUGGUAUGUUUUCACAACCAAUGAAGGUGGGGAAAGCAGCACCCCUGGAAUAGGCUUCUAUUGUCCCUUCAUCACAACCAAUGGCGGGGAAAAUGUUGGUGAUGUGGCCUCUGGAAGUGAGGUGCCAAGCAGCAAUGCCCCAAGCGGCUUCUUUUGGCCCCUCAUCAUGGCCAGUGGAUAUGAGGAAAACAUUGGUGAGGUCGCCUACGGCAGCAUGGUACCAAUCGGCACCCCUGAAGGAUACUUCUGUUGGCCCGUUGUUGCGACCAAUGAAUAUGUGGAAGACAUUGGUGAGUCUGCUGCCUAUGGGAGCGAGGUGCCAAUAAGCAACCCUGCAGGAGACUUCUGUUGGCCUGUUGUCGCAACCAACGAUGACGAAGAAAACGUCGGCGAGGUCGCCUACAACAGCAUCCUGAACCUUGAAUCACCUGAUCCCACCGAUCUCCUCAGGAUCAUGCUGGGCAACAGGUACAACAUAGAUGAAGUCUCAGAGCAGUUCCAGAAUGUGGCCCGCCUCCAGGCCCCUGGCUUUACCACCCUCCUGACCGUCAUGAACAAUGCAGGGUAUGAUCCGGCUGCGGAUCAUGGCCCCUAUGAUGUGCACAAAGUAAUGACAAAGUUAGAAGGGUGGUAGACCAGCGGCAGGUCACACUGAGGCCUGCCCCUGCUACCGUUCUACAGCCAGUUGAUUUGCUUAGUUCCCUGGUUGUUGACUUGUUUGCUAUCUGUUCUCUUUUGGUUGUGUUAAGACUUGUUAGAUUCUCAGUAUGUGUGAUGGUCCAGCUGAGAAGGUUACUGAACCUGUUUGGUUAAUAAGGUUAUGUACUAAGCCUAGCUAUCACCCAGGUUUGAGAGCUGAUGCACUCAAAUUUGGAUGUCUGUUUCCUCUUAUUUACAGUGCUACCUAGUUUCUUCUAAACUGGUUAAGUUUGUGUAAGGUCAUGUGCCGUACUGGUACUUGAGCAUGCUUAAACCUGAAUGGUUUUAUGGAUGUGGUUUAUGAAUGAUGUUAAAUCUUGGAUUUUAUUAAAUUGGUAUGCUAUGCGUGCGGA